AUGGCUCAUCCGGGGAGAAGAGGCUACGAUAACCGGGAGAUAGUGCUGAAGUACAUCCACUAUAAACUCUCGCAGAGGGGAUACGACUGGGCUGCCGGUGAGGACAGGGCACCCCUGUCUCCAGGUCUCUCUCCUCCUGCUGCUGCUGCUGCGGUUGCUGCUGCUGCUGGGACUUCCUCGGAUCACCCUGGGCUGGUGUCUCCGCACCCCGAGCCCCCCGGCUCGGCUGCUGCUAGCCACGCACCCCCAGCUGAGGGGCUGCGCCCCGCACCCCAGGUCGUCCACCUCACCCUGCGCCAGGCAGGGGACGAGUUCUCCCGCCGCUACCAGAGGGACUUUGCCCAAAUGUCCUGCCAGCUGCACCUGACACCCUUCACGGCCAGGGGCCGCUUCGUGGCGGUGGUGGAGGAGCUCUUCCGAGACGGGGUUAACUGGGGCAGGAUCGUGGCCUUCUUCGAGUUCGGCGGCGUCAUGUGUGUGGAGAGCGUCAACCGGGAGAUGUCUCCCCUCGUAGACAGCAUCGCUGCCUGGAUGACCGAGUACCUGAACCGGCACCUGCACAACUGGAUCCAGGACAACGGAGGCUGGGAUGCCUUUGUGGAGUUGUAUGGCAACAGUAUGAGGCCUUUGUUUGAUUUCUCCUGGAUCUCUCUGAAGACUAUCCUGAGUCUGGUUCUGGUGGGAGCUUGCAUCACUCUUGGCGCUUAUCUCGGACAUAAGUAGAGUCACCCAGUUUAUCGUGGAUUACAAAAGUCUUUCAAAACAACAAAAUAAUAUUUUUUUUUCUGUAGCACAAUGAUAUUUUAUGAGCAAAACAACUUCCCAGCUAAAGAUUAAAUCAGCUAUUACUGCCAAAGGAAAUAUCAUUUAUUUUUACAUUGCAGGAAAAUUAUUUAUUAAGAGAUAUUUACAUUUUAACCUGCUAUUUUCAGAAACUCUGCAAGUUGUAUCUGUCAUCACAUCAUGUUGUUAUUCUUAACUUUAAUGAGCCUCAAAGUCUUUUAGGUUCUUUUUUUAAUUAAUGCAGCUGGCUGGAUUAUUUUUUCUCUGCAGAGCAAAUAUACUGACCUACCUGCUUACACUUACAAGGGCAGUUACUUGAGCUGCUAAAGGCUGCGUAGUUGUGUUGAUUUUCCUUGCAUUUUCUGGAUGGCUGGGAGGGAUCUGAAAGACAAGGUCAGUGUGAACAAAGUUCUCACCCUGUCCUGCUGGCAAGAACUGAUGGAGUGAACGAUUCAGCAUGGUACAUACGUGGAGUCA